ACCCAUAAUAAAAUCAGAAACCCAAGUUUCCUUCCUGAAACUGAUUUUCACUGCUUAAGUAUUUACCAGUGUGCAUAUUUUAAGGAAGGUUUAUGUCUCAGUUUCCUGCUAAAUAAGAACAUGGGAAAGGGUUUGAGCCAGUGCUGUCUGGGUGACCAGUGGAGGAGGUACAUUUUUUCAUUCAACGUACACUUCCCCAGCAAGGCUCUGGGGAUGCAGGGAGUGCCCAGCCCAGUAGGAAAGAAAAUAAAGUUACAUUAAAAAUGAAACCUUAGUCCAAAAUUUGAUGGACCAGGUAGAAGUUAAACCAAACAGAUACACUGGCACUCUUUGGCCAUCCCUACAGUGGCUAUAGAGGUCUAAGAUCAUACUCUAAUAGGAGACCAGCAGCAGAGUAACAGGCCUCAUUGCAUGUUAGAUGACUAACUUGUAGUGUCUUCAGAAGGGGUAGAGGCCUAAAGGCAGAAAGACUAGCAUGACAUUUGUUGGAUUCUAAAGGCUAGGAAGGCAGAGACCCUAUCUGCCACACUAUUAUAUACUCUCUCCUGCUAGUGUUACAAGUAGUCCAAGUGGAAAUGUUGAUUGAGCAAUAAAAACUAUCAUAUUUCAUUGAAUAUAUCUAUUUGAAGACAUUCUUUUAUGUAGUAAUAAGAAAACUUGGCAGUUACUACAUUGUCAAUCCUGAUUUCAGUGUUAAAAUGUGGAAAAAAUGUGCAUAUUAGAAUCCGUGAAUACUAUAAAUGAAUUAAGUUGCAAAAGUAUUAAACCAGACAUGAGAAAUUGGUUGAGAUAGAAAUACCGUACCUGUUUAGCCUUGGGCUUUGCUCCUAACUAGCUUUCACAGAACAGAUUUCUAAAAAUGUGCCCUUCUCCCUUGGACUUAAGCUGGACUGAGAUCACAUGCUUUGAAACGCUUUGCAAGCUGUUGCUGGUCAUAUCUUGGCCUUACAUGGGGAAGGGGGUGUUGCUACCUUAAGUCUCUAUCUUGUUUAGAAAAGGGAGUUUGUUUGGAAACAUAGGGCUAAGUCAGAGCUCCUGCCUCUGAUGGAUGCAGAUCUUUGGGGAGGUGGCAGAGAGAUCUGACCCACAAGAAGGGCCUCCCUGGCCCCGGCCAGCUCAAGUGAAAGCUUACCCUCAUCUGAUAAAUUUAUAAUGUUCUCCCUGAACUUUCCAUUCCUUGGCCUGUGUGGACUAUCUUUCCUCUAUAGCCAAACAAAACAAAACCCAAAAAACAGGAAUCAGGGAAUGGGUGUUAGGGAGAGACCCCUGGCCUUGGUGUGACUUGGUUAUGCAAAAGCUGUGGUUUCUUCCAGAGAGGCACAGUGCAAAGAAGAGCUUUUCAGCCUACAGGAAAGACAGGUUUCCUGGAAGAAAACCCAGAAGGGCCGAUUGCUUCCAUUCCCAGGUGUUCCCUAGAAUGGAGAAUGGGGCUAACUUGGGUAACCUCCGUUUGGGGGAAAACAAGAAUGAACAAGAUGACACCUCCCUGCUGGAGGCUCUUCAGUGGCCAGCAAUCGGGAGUAAUGGGGCCCAGCCAGCCUAGGAGACAGCUGUUUGUUCCCCUUUAUAUAAGCAGAGAAACGGAGAUAUUAAAAGGGACUUGCCCAUGCUCAUGUAAUUAGGUAGAGCAGUCCUUGUGACACUUUUUAGGGGCUCCUCCCAAAGGUGGCCUGCUUUUUCCCGCCCAUGCUCCAGACCUGCCUAGACUUGUAGUUGUUUCCCAGGUUGCUAAAUCUCCUCCCCAAACAUAAACUUAAUCUAAACUCAGUAAACCUGGCCUUUCCUCUCUGCCUCUGGCUUUCUGUUUCAAACUCCUCUCCCAUUCCCCUGCCCUCUGUCCUGUCUUCUGCAGGUCUUGUCUGGUGUCAGGAAAGGGAUCCCAUUCCAUGGCCUCCUACUCUGGGGAGCCAGGGCUCCUGUCCUGUGGGUCCUGUGACAUGGUUUUCCGCUCCUGGGCCCUGCUGGCUACCCACACUCAGCGCUUCUGCAUUGGCCAUCUGACCCGAGAGGUAACACCUGGUGCACAACCCUCAACAGGCCUCCUCUGGCCAAACCGGGCGGGUAUUCAAACAACUCUUUGAGGAUUUCUCAUCCCACACCCUCGCCAGGUUGUGCCACAAGGACAACAGGGCAUCUCAGACCAAGAGGCCAGCAAAUUGGCUCUGAAGAAGCUAACGGAGGAGGUGCAGCGGCUGUGGCUGUACCUACAGGAAAUGCAACCCUGGAUAACCGAGGUCCCCCGAAGAUCAGAAGGGCUCCGAAGACGUUGUGAGGCGCUGACUCAGGGCCCCACCCCAGAAGCUGCUGGAAGCCCGGGAGAGAGGCUUUGGGCAUUGCAAAGGACUCACGCAAAGCGGAUGGUGGAGACGAAGGCACAGAGCCUUGCCCUGGAGCGACGCAACCAGGAACUGAGCCAACGCCUCCAAGGUUUGGCCCAGACCCGGGGCGGAAUAUCACGCCUUAUCGGCCUGGAGCGGGAGCUUCGAGAACUCAGGGCAGAAGGCCGGCGAACGCGGGGAGCUCUAGAAGUGCUAGGGGCGCACGUUCAGCAGCUACAGCCAGAGUCCGGGACCGGGCUCAACCCCUUGCGACAGGCAGAACUCUGUUGUUCGGUACUACAGGCCAACCCAGGGACUCUGGCUGCCGAGAUCGGGGCCCUGCGCGAGGCCUAUGUUCGAGGCGGGGGCCGGGACCCCGGCGUUUUGGGCCAGAUAUGUCAGUUGCAAGUGGAGGCCUCAACACUGGAGCUGCAGCGGUUGCGGACUCGCAGGGGAAGGAAGGCAGAUGCCACACUGGGGGAGCUUCUAGUAGUGGAAGCUGAAAACCAGCGCCUGGAGGCAGAAAUCCUGGCCUUGCAGAUGCAGAGAGGCGCAGGCCCUGCGUCCUGGCUUCAGCGAGUACCCGUCCCAGGGCCUAGGAAGCUGCCACCUGCCGCGAAUCCCAGCCCAAGUCUGAGAAGGAGGGAAGAUCCCCCACGCCUCCCACCCCGGGUGGCUCCCCCACUGCCACCGAUUCCACACCCCACAGGUGUCCUAUUGAGUGGCACAGAAGAGGCUCCGCUGCCUCCUGGAACCAUGACCAGAAACCUAGGCCUGGAUGCACACUUCCUCCUGCCCACUUCUGACGUUCUGGGCCCUGCACCCUACGACCCUGGGGCUGGGCUGGUCAUUUUCUAUGACUUCCUUCGGGGACUUGAGGCUUCUUGGAUUUGGGUGCAACUACUGACCGGUUUGACCCGAGAUGGACAGGAUACAGGAGGGGUCACAGCAUUGCCCCCAGCCCUUUGCUUGCCCCCACCUCCAGCUCCUGGGCCCAUGGGCAACUGUGCCAUCCUUGCCAGCAGGCAGCCUGUACCCAGACUGCCACCUUCACCAUCAGUAUCCUUGGUCUGUGAGCUACAGGCCUGGCAGGGGCUGGCAUGGGCUACAGCACCACAGCCAAAGGCUUGGGCCUCACUGGUGUUAUUUGACCGGGAUCAAAGAGUGCUAAGUGGUCACUGGCGUAUUCCACUUCGGGCCCUUCCUCUGGACCCCAGCCUUAGCCUUGGGCAGCUGAAUGGGAUUCCCCAGGUAGGUCAGGCUGAGCUCUUUCUGCGACUGGUUAAUGCAAGAGAUGCAGGUGUCCAGACACUGGCAGAGAUCAAUCCAGCAAGUGCCCAGGAAUACCAGUACCCACCUCUGAUGUCCAGUUCGCCUUCACUGGAAGCCAGCUCCCUUGCCCCAAAAGCUGGCUUUGUUGAUCCCCCUCCUCCCACAGAAGAGCCCCUCAGAGUCAAGGUUUGAGACGAGGGUUUGGGCCCUCAUCACAGCUUUGACCUACCCCCCUCUGGCUUUGAGUCUAGGAAAAUAUGGGCAGGAGUAGCUUAACAUGCAGAGAUCUAGGAUUUGAAGUUGCCAGACCUGCAGUUUUACUACACCUUCUGAAGGUCUAGGAGCAAAUAGCAGAUAAAAGCUCCAACGGCUUUACCACCUUUCAAAAAUACUUUUGUAAAACAGAUGUGGCAAUUAAGUGAAUGUAAGGUUAUUUGCAAUACUGCCUGGCAUCUAAAUCCUUUCAAAGAUGAGCAAGGGCACUCUUUAAUUCAUUAAAGGAACUUGAACUUA